AUGACUACAUCUGGACCUGGUUCAAGUAGUACUCUAAGCCAACCAUUCGGAGGCCUUCAACGCGGUAAAGCGUGCAUUGCAUGCAGACGUCGAAAAGUGAGGUGCGAUGGUGCCCGACCAACGUGUGGUCAAUGCAUCCGUGGCAACAGGCUCGAUGACUGUGAAUACACGGAUGGCCAGGGCCGGUCUCGGACACACAUGCUGGAGCAAGACAUUGCACGUCUUAAAGCUCGAGUACAAGAGCUUGAGCAUCCCGAGAACAGUACCCCUGUGGUUGCACUACACCAUCCUUACUCAUCUCCCGACUUCUCGCAAGGCUCUUCUGAUCCAUUUGGUUUCCAGCCUUCCUAUAUUUCUGCGUCGAUAUCAUCCACAUCAAGUCCUGAAGCGUCGUCGAGCUCUAGUGCUCAAACCACAUGGGAUGAUUUCAGCCCGAGCAGCUGGUGGGCUCAAGAAGAGCCUCCAAGCCAAAUUGUGCUAGAAUCUUUGAACAAAAUAUCGCCUUACGUGGACGAGCUUGGUUUUUUCCUGCAUAUCCCGCGCGUACGCAAUACGCUUGUGACUGCUUCCCAUGAUAUUCCUGUUGCAUUGCAAAACGCCAUUAUUCUAUUAUGUCUCCACAUCACAGAAACGAAGCAAACCGCCUUCGAGCUGACAGUGCUAUCGAGAUGUUUGCGCCAACUGGCUGAUAUCAUCCCUUCCUGCAGCACAAGUACCCGAGAUCUGCUUAAUGUCCUACAAACUGAAGUCCUUCUUACAUACUACUUAUUCCGGGUCGGACGGAUAGUGGAGGCAAGGUACCAUUCAGGCGCGGCGGCCAGCCUUGUUCUGGCAUUCCAACUUCAUUCUUCUCCUGCUCCUGAAGGAGAACCAAACGCACUUGCAGACGUGCAGUUUAUGUCGUUCGAUACAUUCAGGACCACCGUUCAAAAGCCAGUUGACGAUAUCGAACAGAGGGAAGCUAUACAUGCAUUCUGGAACGUCUUCACUCGGGACAAGAGUAUGUCGGCUGUGUUGGGGGUUGCACCUAGCAUCGGUAGAUCCAUUAGAGUAUCCAUCCCCUGGCCUGGACAAAUGCAGGAGGCAAAUUUGUCCGAUCAAGAUAUCCACCUUACGAGCCGCAAGCAGGGGAUCGGUCCUCAAGUAGACAUCGUACAACAGUUCCUUAUCGAUGGACAGAAUGAAAAUGGAGAUUGCGACUCGGCACUUGCAUUCCACGCAAAAGCAGCUGUGCUCCUUGACGAGGUGAACAAUUUGGUUGAACAAUACACGUCAGAUUCACGGGUUCAAGAAACACAGUCAUUCCGAGCAAAAUUUAUGUCACUUGACACACUCAUACAACAUCUGCAAGCAUUCAUUCCGUCCAAUCCAUCCUUGACAACCGAGACGUCACCAUCGUCCUCGCAAUCGAGUCUUACUUCUGCGUCACCCCAUCUUGUUUCUCGUUAUACAGUUUGCAUGCAAUCCCUUCUAUCUCUCGCUACCAUCCGGUUGCACAGCCCCUUCCGUGAAACCUAUGCCUUAUCAAAUGCCAAAAUCGUCACCGCGGCCGUGCUCAUAGCGCGUGCCUUGCAAUGCGUGGACGUAAAUACACUGCAAUAUUUUGAUCCUGUCGUUAUAAUAUGGAUAAAUGCUUCCUUCGUGAUUCAUGCGGAAAUUACACGUCUGCGGGCCUUGAAAAGCUGGCCAACUCAGUUCCCCGUACGCGAUGAAGGGCUUGUCCAAGCCCUAAGGACUAUGUUAGGUGUAUUAAGAGACAUUGCGGACCAUUGUCAUGUACUUACACUCCGGACAAAACUAGAAACUGCACUACCCCUUCUUGAAUACCUUGGUACUCCGUGA